GUCGCUCCCCGAACUCAAGGAUGCGGUGGGCAAGGAGACACGCCAGCAACUACUACUGAAAUCCACCACCCACCACCCAGCAAACUGCGGAACUGCGAACCCAACGAGCCGCACCUGGAACUCGGACUCAAAGAAACAGAAACCACCACGAGGACCAAGUACCAAAUCAACUCCAUGGAUCUAACAGAGGCAUUCACCCCGGGAGGGGGUGGGGAAGAUCUGCCCAAGACCGAUUUCUUCGACUUUGUCGUCUCUCCACCUCCGCACUGCGCCUCGACAGACGGCGUGUCCGACGAAGAGAGUUUCCUUCAUCGCACCACCUGCAGAAGCAUAGGCUACCUUCAGCAAGGACACGAGGAACACGAGGCGAGCCGCGACCUUCACGGCUCCCCCUUCAUAAAGGAGACCAACAACAACACUCUGACAGCUCUGCCACCGGUGUCAACGAUCACCGGCUCCCUGAGCCACCAUCACCACCAUCACCACGUAAGGACGCAUCACAGCGCGUGCAACGUCCAGCAGAGCAACGAGCAAACGCCGAUGGACCAGUCGGACUGCGACUACUGGGCCACGGACGAGAGCAAGGAGCAAACGUGUAACAUACUGUUGGAGGACCUGAACAAGUACUGCUGGUCAGCGCACGCCAAUGCACAGAGCCACGGCAACGACAACGUGAACGUGCACCAGGGUUCCAACGAGCACCACCAAGGCGUGGGCCGAGGAUGCUCGGCCAACGACAGACAGAACACCGACGGCGCGAUUUACACGUUGACCGUGUUGAACAACGAGGCCAACUCUAUGGACGCGUUGGACUGUUGCAAGAGUCCAGCGCCCACGUCCAGCGAUUCCUGGUCUCUGCGGCCUAAUUUAGACCUGGACGCUAUACUCAGCAUGGAACCAGCGUCCACCGAGCAGGAACACGACCAGAGCACGAACGUGUCCGAGGUGUCCAGAACGGUGAACGACAGGUUUCAUCCGGAUCGUUUCUCAGUCGCGUCUUCCCAGUACGCCACCGACGACAGCGGUUUCGUCGAGAGCAAGGAGUUGUGCGGCCGAGGAUCGUCCAGCAGCGGUAACUGCGCCGGUGGCGACAACAACAACGACUGGAAACUCUCUGACCAGAAUCUGCAGGAGGCAGCGGCCGCAGCUGCCGCCGCUGUCGCGGUUGGGGCCAGUGAUUCGGCCGAGAGCCUGCUGAGGAGUGCUCUCCAAGGGAAAUUGUACACCGGACCCGCUCAAGUAGUUUCGUCCUCUUCGCCCUCUGCUCAAGGAGGAUCCACCAUGCCGAUGCCGGUGACGAGUAACGCCGGACUGCAGAUAGUGUCCGAUCAGCAGCAGCAACAGCAACAGCAGCAACAACAGCCCCAGCAGCAGCAGCAGCCGCAACAACAGCAGGACGAGUCUAUGCACACCUGCACCGACGAGGAUCUGCUACUCUCUCAGCUGGAUCAGACCACCUAUCGUCCCGGUGACUACGAGAAACUCAAGAGCAUAGCCAACGAAGUGGUGGAGUCGUACUGCAGUUUGGAGCCAGUUUGCAACGUGUCCGCGACGACCACGGUCAUGUACACCCUGGAUCCAACCAGCGGUAGCCUGGGAACGAUCACUCUGCCAGCGGACCUGGGCCAAGUGAGCACAGUGACAGUGGUGACAGCAGCUCAGCAGGACGUUCUCCAGCAACAGGCUGCGCCUCGAGCCGAGGUGGAGCAGCAACAGUCCGCCAGCCAGCUUCAAAUCGCCCCGUCGAGGGUGGCAGCCACGAAGGCCCCCAAAAAGUACUGCCGACGCACCAACAGAAACAGCAGCAACACGAACGCGGCUAGCAAUGGCAGCAGCGGCGCAGAGACCGGCGGUAGCAGCGGUGGACAACAGCAGGGUGGAUCCGGAGGCUCGCCGGGCAGCGUGCAACGAAAGGAACGUUCCCUGCACUACUGCAGCAUCUGCAGCAAAGGCUUCAAGGACAAGUACAGCGUGAACGUGCACAUCAGAACGCACACCGGCGAGAAACCGUUCGCCUGUUCACUGUGCGGCAAGAGCUUCCGCCAGAAGGCGCAUCUGGCCAAGCACUAUCAGACCCACGUGACGCAAAAGCCCAGCGUCCAGCAACAGGCAGCGUCUGCUGGCAGCGGCGCCAGCAACAACGGCAACAGCGGGAACCCGAGCCCCUCCGGCGAGACUAGCGCCACCACGGCGAGCAACGUGACGAACAGGAGUCAAGCGCACCAGGUUUCGGUCGAUCCAGCGGGAGGGAGCGCGUGUAAUCCGCCCAGUUAGUCGCGCAGGAAGAGGAGCACCAGGCAGCAGUAAAAAUGUAUCUCUGGUAUCCCGGCGUCUAUAGUUGGACGCGUUCGAUCGUUGCUGCUUCGUUCUGCAUUCAACAGCGUGGUUUUGCGGAUCUUGCACGACGAUCGGUGACGAUCAACGAGGGACACACCGUGCGAGUCUUCCUCUUAUUACCAUCUCUCUCGUUCUACUCUAUUUCUUUCUUUUUUAAUCUUUCUUUCUUUCUUUCUUUCUUUCUUUCGGCUCUUGCCACGCUCUCCAACCUCGGGUGACUGAUCUUUUUUUUCGAGUAAUGUCUCGCGAUCGCGUCUUCUAGGGAGAGUUAUUCGACGAGGCUGGCGAAGGACAGCAGUCUGGGAUGUUUAAGUCGGGGUUGCGCGAGUUGCCACGUGGCGGCGCUCGUGAGUUAUGCGAGCUUGGUCCUCUCUGAUAUCGUGCAUCGACGUGCGGUCAGUGUCUUGAGCGAUAUAGUGAUAGUUGUAAAAUUAUUUACAUGUGGUUAUAUCGAAGUUUAUGGAGUUUGAAUAUCGAGAAAUUAGAGAGCUAUGUGUUUCUUUAGAGGCAUUUUGAGAAGAUUUGGAGUUCUAUUAAAUAAUUGUCAGCUGACAACGAGUGAUAAUGUUCCUAAAAAAAAAGUUAAUUUUUAGGAAAGAAAAUUAUAUAGAUGGGCAAAGUUUAUCUAUAUCUUUGCUAUAGAUUAGGUCAAAGAGAUUCGUACUCGUGUCGUUAGUUCGUGUGAAUAAAUUGAAGCUCGUACUUCAUUUCACGUGAACGAAUUAAAUGUCGAUUAUUUGUUCAUUUAUAUGAACGAGAUUGGUUGGUUCAUUCCACAUAGACUAGAAAAGUAAAUUGGACGAUAAUUUCUUGGGUACGAUAACUAUGAUAGAAACUCCUAUUACCUAAUGAGAAAUCUUUCAAAUUGCUUUUAAAUUUACGAAAUUUACGAAGAAAUUUAAACUACUCGCUUAAACUAUAAUUCAAAAUCAUUUGAAUUAUUAUUCGAAUCAGUCUGUUUGAGUUAAGAUUUCAAAUAAAACGACUAUAAUUCAUAACAGACAAUUAUUUGUAAUUUGCCUGUAUAAUUUGCUUCCAGCUUGAAACAAAGCAGAUUUCAAAUCGAAGAGUUUCUCACAGCUAUAACUCUAAGCAAACGAAACUCUACCCACAUUUUAUAUCUCGUAUAUUAUGUCUCAGACUUUUAUACUGAAAAUCAAAUUGAGCAACGAUCAUAAAAAUAACUGUACGUUGCAAUUUUACAACAACAUUGUAUCUCUCGCACCGACUAUACCCCCCCGUUUCUCGCGCGCAACAGCGUCUAUUAAUCGAAAUGCCGUCCGUAGGAUCAAAUCACGUAUCGUGAAUCUAUCCACGGGAGAUCUGUACAAGCUUCCCCAUCGAUUACUCGACUUUUUCCACAACGAAAUGAAAGCGAUCACGUGAAUGGUGUGCACGCGCUUGGAAACUUGCAUUGGCAGGCCUAAACAGACUCCUAUUGAUAGAUUCACGACGAUUAGCUUAAGCAGGCGAGCACCGAUCGCCAUUUAUUUCUUUUUUUUUUUUUUUGUUUUUGUUUUUGUUUUCGUUUUAUUCUCGUGAUUAAUUAUUCCUCGUUCGACGUCGAUCGAUCCUGGAUCGUUUCACGCGUCACGGGCCUUGAUAGGAAAAUAAAAAUCCGAGGUGAAAGAGAGAAAUUGAGUAACGUGGUGGGGAGUCUAGUGGGUGACCUUGGGCGAUCGAUCGAUUUCGAAGCGAGCUGUAGUCGAAUCGUCGAUCGACACGUGCCCCGGUGAAGUUGAAAGGGCGGGCAGCUCCACUUUGUCAAUUUUCAUCUAACAGACCAACGAGAGAGAGAGAGAGAGAGAGAGAGACACUGUUUCGAUCCUGGAUAGACGAAAUUAUCGUAGAAUAAUUCGUGUGUUAUGUGUUAAUAUUACUUUUUUACAUAUUAAAUAAAUGAAUUUUAAUUUAUAAAUUGAAUUUAAUG